CAGGCAUGCAAGCCGGGGAAGAGCUGGAAUGACAGGCGGUAUGAUUCUUGACUGUAUUCGCCGUUCGGCGCCAGGCGAAGGGUCAGCUUUCAGUCAAGCUUAUCUUAUUGGAAGCCAUCAAAAGCCGUUAAGCUGGACACACCACACCAAAAAGGCACUUUCUAAGCAACCACCAUGAGCAGUCCUGCGAUGACAGACCAGAAAAAAGAAUUUCGUUAUUUGCAAAAGGUGGAAGUUCAUGACUUCCAGGCGCUGGCCAGAAAUUAUUCCCAUAUAUACAUGAAGAUUAUCGCCGGAGGCACUGUUCGCAAGUCGCCCACCUAUGAAAUGAAUUCCCAGUCGGUAAUCAUCUGGCCUCUGAGUCCUGACUGGAUUGACCUUAGCGCUUCAACGAUUGUUAAAUUUAAACUGUACAGGCCUAGUCGAAUGUGGCCGCCGGCGUCAAGAACGCUCUUGGGGCAUACAAAGAAACCGAUAUCCUAUGUCGUGGGCAGCAGCUGUACCACGUUCGCCCUUGGUAGCGUAUCAAAUUUAUGUUCGCUCAAAAUAUUCUGUUCCGACGAUUCGAAAGGGCCCGCGCCCACGAUCGGGGAGGUAUUCAAGGUGAUGGAGCCCAUAAGGUCGAUGCCUGCUAUGCUAGGCGCAAGACUGACGUCCAAUGUCGUCAUGGAGGCACCUCCGGCAGCUCAGAUCGUGGCCGUAGAUACUACCAUUAAGAUGGAAGACACAAGUAUCACCGCUGGUCCGGCAACUGAAGACACGAAUGCGGCCGCUAGGACAUCAGACAAGAUACAUUACAUUCAAAGUUAGUGGUGAUCUUGUAUCUGAUCAAAGAACUGAAUCUCAUGUACCUCAUCUCCCAGAGGUAGAGGUACAUGGUCUUGCGGCGCUAUCCACGAAGUAUCGAAUAUACCUUGAGGUAACCAUCGGGGAAAGUCUGUACAAGACGCGUGCAUAUAAGAU